AUGGAUCCAGGGUUCUGUCCCGAUUGUGGGUCAAUUUUACCGGUGCUUCGAAUGAUCAACAAAGUCACAUGUUACAAUUGUUGCAGUGAUUUCGAUGCUUCAGCUUUUGGCACGAUGGAAGCAAACUACACAAUUCAUUUCAACUCAUACGAAAAUAAAAAAUCGAAUCAAAACAAACGUAAUGAAGAAGAAGUCGAUGGCCCUGUCGUACAAAGGCAGUGCCCUAAAUGUGGAAACGACAAAAUGUCCUAUGCAACAUUACAGCUUCGUUCCGCCGAUGAAGGACAAACAGUAUUUUUUACUUGUACGAAAUGCAAAUUUAAAAUGUCUGAGAAUUCGUAGAACCUAUACAGCAUAAAAUUUAUAGGUUAUAUUAUUGGGCUAAUAAAAACAUAAUGUCGUUCACAUUUGUGUUCUUUUGAUAUUAGUGUGAAAAUGCUCAAAUUUUGAUAAUGUUAU